GGGCCAUUUUUCGGUGAUCCGCCAUAGGGGAGUAAGGCAGAGCGACAGUAACGUAUGAGUGUGUUCGGGGGAGAUAGCUGGGCGAGAGAGGCGCAGCACCGGAAGAGGAGAGUGGAUGAUCUGGUCGUGGAAGCCCUGCCGGCGUCUUCCUACAAGAAGCUGUCUAAUGGGAAAUACGCCUGCCUCGUUUGCCCCCACAAUCCCAUCCUCGAUUCCUCUCUCAUGCUCUCCAUGCAUUGUAAGGGAUCUCGGCAUCGUGCGUCGGAGUCGAAGCUCAAGGAAAGAGAAAUAAGGAGAGAAGAUGAGAUAAAGAAGAGAAUCGCCUUGUCGGGCGGUUCUGUUGGUACAGCCAACGUAAGCACUUACUCUCAGCAAUUUAGGUUUUCAAGCAAACCCCUGAUCGAGCAGACGCGCAAGGCUAUUUAUGAGAUGCCUUGCAGUGAAACUAUUCGGCAAAAUGCCGCAGAUGAAAAACCAGAUGUUGGAGCAAGCGGGUGCCACUCUUUUGAUGGGCCAUCUAAUUAUAGUGACAAAAGUUGUUUUCCUGUAACGAAAGCUGCUGGCGAGCUGGUUGCCCAGCAGCAGCUGGAUUUUCUCCAGCGUAGAGAGAGAGAACUUAAGUUCACAGCUGCAGGCUGGAAGCGUGACUGCCAUGGAGUGUGGUUCAGAGAUGAAAACGUUGAGUUUGAUUCUGAUGAAGAAGAUCCUAAUGUUUGUAUUGCUUGAAAAAUUUCAAUUGGGGUCGUCUCAAAGGAAACAUUCAGCUAGAUGGAUUACAAGCUUGAACGUGUGAGAUUUGGCUGACUUGUUGAGGGAGAGCUCUCAACAAGUGCCACACGGUCCUUACUUGAGUCCCAUUUUGGGGGUCCGUGACACAAAGCCUAUUCCAUUAAACAAACAACUACUCGUCCAAUAGCUCAUACUUGGGAUCAUUGCCUAGCAGCCUUUGAGAAAAGUUCUUGUCCACUCAGUUGAAUACCUUUCAUUCCAUGAGUUCUCUAAGAGGAGAGAAGGAUCAUCCUUUUACUUUUGGCACACUGGCUAGGGUUUACAAGUCGAAGGUCCGCCUAAGAUGCUACGCUCCAAUUGUGCAUACUGAGCAGGCUCCUAAGAUCUUCGCAUUGAAGGAAAAGGGAUUACAUGUUGCUCUAAUUGAGUAUGAAUCAGAGCCGCAUUGAUUUUUAUGGGUGAGAUAUCAUUCUGGAGCAACAAAUGGUGUUCUUUGCAUGUUCAGUAGGACUUUUUUGGUGUGAGAGAGGAUAUUACUUCCCUUCAAACUUCAAGUAAUGCCUUUAAUCUCAUGGUCUCAACUGCAGUAUGAAGAUUUGUUCAUGGUCUGGUAACUUACCGUCGACUUUAUGCUGAUGAAAAUAUAUGGUGCUAUAUUGAAUUUGAGCAUGUACUAAUUAAACCAUGUGAAAUGUGGUCCCAAAAAUUUCUCCUGAAAUUGACCUACAAAAACCAUGUAUUGAAACCCAAAAAAUAGCCUGUCUUACUUUUUGGUAGAUAGUAUCCAACCACGCAAUUGCUUACAAUUUCUUUAAUUAUCUUUCUUUUUC